CUUUCUUUCUCUAGCUACCUAUUGUUUAACAUAUCAUAUGCUAUCAUAUGCUAUGUCUGAGACACGUUCACAUUAAUCUCAAACAAAACUAACAUAUGCUUAGCAACAUAUAAAUAAAAUCAAAGCACACAAAGACGAAGCACUAACCGCCGUGGCUAGUGUUAUCCCUCCCAAACACACCCUUCUUUUGCAACCAUCCAAAAGCCAAAAGGCAUAGAGAAUCGUGUUGGAGAGAGGUGGGAAAAUGGGAAUCCUAUACCCACUGUCCAAAUCUUCACAACGUUAUCUCCUUGUAGCUUUGGCCAUCCCAUAAUGCCAUAACAUAACCCCUCUUACAAAUGGGAAUUAUUUGACUGGCAAAACAAGCAAACACACACGUACACACUCCACAACAACCUCAGUUUUUUCCCACUUCUCCUCCUUUCUUCUCUUUCCAUGAUCUGAACAACACCCCUAUCAUAUCUUUUUUUGCUUCUAUAUCUCACUUUCUACAUCCCCUUAUGGCUGCUUGUGCUUUGUUCAGUGCUGCCACUAACAUUACCGAAGAUGGGAAUGUUAACAACGCAACUGCAAGUGCUGCUAGUCCUCUCACCAGUGCUUCUAACUCCAGCAACAUGAGCAACGACGACCAACACACCCUACAUGGCAUCGUCCCACAGCCUCAUUGUGAGAGGAAAAUCGUCAGGAAAAGAAUGGCUUCUGAGAUGGACCAUCUUAACGUUCAUCUCACUCCACCACACAACUCUUCUUCCACCACUGAUUAUCCUAGGUUUCCUCGUCGAAGCUCCACCAACGUCAACAUGUCAUCCUUAGAAAAAGGGUCCACCACCACCACACCUACGUUAGCCGCAGGUACUUGUAGUAAUAAUGGCAAUAAUAAUAAUACUAGUAAUAACUAUCAUUUUAAUAAUAGCAACCAUAAUAGUAGAAGUGGUAAUAUUUCGUCAAGAGAUAACGUUGGCAUUCCAAAUUACCCCACUGUGGCCGUCACAACCAACUACUCCACUAUGUUGCUACCUUCUUCCACCACCAUCAAUACCUCUGGUGUUGCUCCAAACUACAGUGCUCACCAACACCAUCAUUUCCAAGGGCUUGUUGAAAGUCAAAGCCAGGACCAGCAGAACCCCGUGCCUGCAGUGUGUGGAUUCUCGGGAUUACCACUUUUUCCAUCUCAAAGCCAAAGGAACCGAGACGACAACAACAACAUGAACAACACCGCCACCACCAACCUAAGAACCAGUGGUGGAAAUAUUGUCGACGUGGUUGCUUCUUCUUCUUCUUCUCCUUCCAUGGACGACACUUCGGCCGCCACGAGUGGUUGGAUCGAUGGUAUAUUGAAGGAUCUCAUUCACAGUUCAAACAGUGUUUCGAUUCCCCAACUAAUCAGCAACGUGAGGGAGAUUAUAUACCCUUGCAACCCCAACCUUGCAACGAUUCUUGAAUACAGGUUGCGUCUUCUCACUGAGUCCGCCCCACAAAACAAAAGAGGCACAGAAGGGGUGCCUCUUCCACCUUCUGUGUCCUCAGUGAAGCUCGUGAAUAAUCGUGUGGAUGGCAUUGUUCCUAAUCUGCACUUCACAGAUGGAUCAGGUGGUCCUGUGGUUGUGAAUCAGCACAUGUUGUCCAAUUGGGGUGUGCCUCCAAUCACUCACCACCACGAUAGCAACGCCAACAACAACAGCAACACCAACAAUAACCCUUCAGUUUCUUUGGUUACUUUGCCUUCACCGCCACCACCACCCCAUUAUUCACCGCCACAAGAGAAGCAGCCUCACCCUCAAGAGGAAGAUCUAGCAGCAACCAGCAGUGCUGAGGUGGCACUCACAAGAAAGAAGAAAGAAGAGUUGCGGGAACAGAAGAAGAAAGACGAGGAGGGUCUGCAUCUCCUCACUUUGCUGCUGCAGUGUGCAGAAGCUGUUUCAGCUGAGAAUCUAGAAGACGCCAACAAGAUGUUGCUAGAGAUUUCCCAAUUAUCAACACCGUUUGGCACAUCAGCACAGCGUGUGGCCGCUUAUUUCUCGGAAGCCAUAUCAGCAAGGUUGGUGAGUUCAUGUUUGGGGAUAUAUGCCACUUUGCCACACACCCAUCAAAGCCACAAGGUGGCAUCGGCUUUCCAAGUGUUCAACGGAAUCAGUCCUUUCGUGAAGUUCUCACAUUUCACAGCAAACCAAGCUAUCCAAGAAGCUUUUGAAAGGGAAGAGAGGGUGCACAUCAUAGAUCUGGACAUAAUGCAAGGGUUGCAGUGGCCUGGUUUGUUCUACAUUCUAGCUUCAAGACCUGGUGGAGCCCCUUAUGUGAGGCUCACGGGGCUUGGUACUUCCAUGGAAGCACUUGAAGCCACGGGUAAACGUUUGUCCGAUUUUGCAAACAAACUUGGUCUUCCCUUUGAGUUCUUCCCGGUGGCUGAGAAAGUAGGGAACCUUGACCCUGAGAGGCUCAACGUUAGCAAAACCGAAGCUGUUGCAGUUCACUGGUUGCAACAUUCCCUCUAUGAUGUCACCGGCUCAGACACCAACACCUUGUGGCUCUUGCAGAGGCUGGCACCUAAAGUGGUGACUGUGGUAGAGCAAGACCUAAGCAACAGUGGUUCAUUCUUGGGGAGGUUUGUGGAAGCCAUACACUACUACUCGGCGUUGUUUGACUCUCUUGGGUCUAGCUAUGGGGAGGAGAGCGAAGAGAGGCAUGUGGUGGAACAACAGCUAUUGUCUAGGGAGAUUCGAAAUGUGCUAGCUGUUGGAGGGCCAUCAAGAACUGGGGAGCCAAAGUUUCACAACUGGAGGGAGAAGUUUCAGCAGUGUGGAUUUAGAGGUAUAUCUCUAGCUGGUAAUGCUGCAACUCAAGCUAGUCUACUCCUUGGUAUGUUCCCAUCAGAGGGUUAUACCUUGGUGGAGGACAAUGGCAUCCUUAAACUUGGUUGGAAGGACCUUUGCUUGCUCACUGCUUCAGCUUGGAGACCUCCAUUCCAUAGUGGCACUGCCAUUACACAUCACAACUAGGCUCAUUCUAAUAAUCCUAUGUAGCAUCCAUCUUAGGUGAUCCCAAAGCAUGUGAUUUUUCUUGCCUACUGUGUACCCACUUCAGCAGUAACGUAAAAAAAAGAUGAUGUAGCUAAAAUAGGAAAGAAUGAUGACUAAAUGGUUGAAGGGGUACCCCACUAUUGACAUAAAGCGAGAAAGUUCUCUUGCUCGGGGAGCACUUGAGAGUUUUUCUGAUAGUAUUUUAUUAAGAGAACUUAUGAGGAUGUUACUAUUAUAUUCUGAUUUUAAUGGUUAGCCCCAAUGAGUGAGUUGGUUGGUUGUUU